AUGCCGAAGUCCCGCUGCGGAGAACAAACUUCUCCAUAUGCAGGCCAUGGUAUGAGGAGAUCCCUUCCAGAGAACACUUGUGGUGACGCUCUGACCCUUAUAUCCCAUGAAAUGGAGAAUAACAACAUUACCAAAAUAUUUCUCCUUGGAUUUACAGGUCUUUAUAAUGUCAGAAUAUUUGUAUUUCUUCUAAUCUUGGUCAUUUACCUCACAACAAUCUGUGGGAACCUCUUGGUCAUCUCUCUGGUGUCCUACAGCAAGAACCUCCACUGCCCCAUGUAUUUAUUCCUGGCACAGCUCACCAUGUGUGACAUCAUAUUGACCUCAGAUAUCGUCCCUAACAUGCUUCCUAUGGUUCUAAACAAUGGGACCUCCAUGUCUCUUUUAGGAUGUUUUACACAGUUCUUUUUCUUCAGUUCUUCUGAAGCUUCGGAAUGUCUUCUGCUGACAGUGAUGUCUUAUGACAGGUAUCUGGCCAUAUGUCACCCUCUACAUUAUGUCUCUAUGAUGAAUCCUCGGCUUUGCCUGGAAUUCAUUCUUACAUCUUGGGCAUUAGGUUAUUCUUUAACGUUACUUGUAACAUUAGGUAUGUCGCAGCUUCCGUUCUGCCGGUCGGGUGUCAUCGAUCACUUCUUCUGUGAUUUUGAUCCGAUAUUGAGAUUAUCCUGCUCAGAUACAUUACAGACUAAAAUACAUUUACUGUCAACCAUCCUGAACUUCCCGGUCAUCCUCUGCCCGUUCCUUGUAGUUCUCGUCUCUUAUGCUUAUAUUGUCCACACAAUCCUCAGGAUCCAGUCCAUCAGCCAUAGACGGAAGGCCUUCUCCACUUGUGGGUCCCACUUGACCGUCGUCUCCAUAUUCUAUGGCACCCUGCUCUCUAUUUAUUUAAGCCCUGAAAAUGGAAAAUCUGUGACUUCACGCAAAAUCUUGUCUCUUGCCUACACUGUGCUGACUCCAUUAACCAACCCUGUGAUCUACUGCCUGAGGAAUAAGGACAUCAAGAAAGCCUUUAAGAUGAUCCAUUGA